UGCCACCUGUGCGGCUACCUCGACCACCUCGCGCGCGACUGCCGCCGCGGCCUGUGCUUCAACUGUCUCAAGAGCGGCCACCAGAGCAGGGACUGCCCGGAGCCGAGAGGCGUGGGGCGCGAGACGCAGGCGCUGUGCUGCCUGCGCUGCGGCGGUCGCGGACACGCGGCGACGGAUUGCGCGCGGUCGUUCGCCGCGUCGGACGUCGCGCGCGUCGCGUGCUACGUGUGCGGCGAGUUUGGGCACCUGUGCUGCGCGUCGCAGGACGAAGCCGCGGGCGCGCUCGCGAGCGCGGGGGGCGGCGGGGGGAAGCGGAAGAGCUGCUGCAGGUGCGGCGGGAUGGGGCACGUCGACGCGGAUUGCGCGCAGAGGGACGCGGCGCGGUUUUUGGGCGAGCUGGCGUGUUUCCGAUGCGGCAAGCGAGGGCACAUCGCGCGCGAGUGCCCGUCGGCGAGCGGCGGCGGGGGUGGUGGCGACGGGGGUGAUCUGCGGGAUGUCAUCGGUAACGGCGCGGGUGGAGGGGGCGGGAGGAGUCCGUACGGAGGCAUGGGCGUGGCCGGCGGCGGCGGCUGGCGCGGCGGCGGCGGCGGCGGGGGGGGGUGGACGUCGGGCGCGCACGGAGGCGGCGGCAGAGGCGCGCCCGGGCCGCCAGGCGGCGGGUGGGGCGGGUGCGUAGGAAACAACGGCGGCGGCGGCGGUGGUGGAUGGGGGGCGGGAGAAGGCCACCGCGACCAAAACCGAAACCGAGACGACUUCGCCGCCGGGCGAAGCUUCGAGGCCGCGCCGCCGGCGCCGCCGCCGAUGCCGACGCACCGGCGGUACUCGGAGGAUAACUACCGGCGCCCGGAGCCUCCGAGGCGAGGAGGGCCGUAUUGA